GUGAUAAUAAUACAACUUCCAAUGAUAAUACUACACCAUCACCAUUGAAUUCACCAUUUCGAACGAACUUAACUACAACAAAUUUUUUCUUUGAUAAACGAUGUUUUUCGGCCAUUAAUAAUAAUAAUCAACUACAUCAAACACCAAUAAAUGAUUCAACUCACACGAAUACAACCGAAUCGUUUCUAUCGUGUCAUAUCGAUAGUAUGUUCCCGUGCCCAGAAGUCGAUUGCUUUAAACGUUAUCCAUCGAUUAUUGCAUUACGUUAUCAUCUUGGUUAUGCCCAUGCUAAAGGUGAUUGGGAUUUGAACAAUGAUGAUCUACCUCAAAAAUUAGAACCUGUAGCAGAUAAAAAAGAAUGUACUGCAACAUUAUCAUCCAAGGUUACCGCUGAAGAAAUAAGUAAUUCAGCAAUUUUAGAAGAAGAAAAAGUGACAACUGACAAUAAAGCCGAUGGGGCAACAACAGCAACCAAGUGUGACGAUAAAACAAUUGAUAUUAAAAUUGAAACGACCAUCGAACAAGAAUACCCACUUAUAUCUCUGUUAGAUAAUAUUGAUAAUAAAGACAAUGAAUUAAUUGAUCAAAAACAUAGUACACACGAAGAAGAUGUUGCACAUAUAUUAGCCAAUGUUGCCGAUUAUGUUCGUUCAUCGACAACAAAUACACCCGCACCAUCAUCGAUCACUUCCAAUCAAAGUGAACAAUCACGUUCGCCACCUCUUAUCUCUAUUAUUCCGCCAGCCUGCACUAUAAAUAGAGUGAGUUCACCAUUAUUAUCGUCUAUUUCACCAAGUACAUCUCUUCCACAAACAAUAUUAUCAUGGCCGAGUCCACAAUCAAAAAUGAUUUUAUCAUCACCAAUGACCUCUGUUCUAUCAGAGACCCCUUCUUUACAAAAUUCUACAAAUAACUCAUUAUCUUCGCCACCAUUAUCAACAAAACCAGUUUCUAUCAUAUCUAACAACAACAACAACAGCCGGUACAACGAACAUACAACAUCACUGAAAACUGAUAAUAAUCGAUUGAUAAAUUCACGAAAAUCACCAUUAUUGUUUAGUGAACUACAGAAACAACAAGUAACUACAGCUGUUACUGUUUAUCCACCGAAAGUUACCUUGGAUGAUAUUAAUCAAAUACCAAAUUCAAAACAAGAAAAUUAUCGUAAAUUAUCACUCGUUUCAGCUUCAUUGCCUAAACCAAUUUUUCCCACAACGUCCUAUUUAUCAUUGUCCGAAAACAAUAGUCACCAUACAUCGUCUGAAUAUGAAAAAUCAUUUAAAACUAAUACACUGAAAUACGCUGAUCAUGUGUUACUACCAAUUAAAGAGGAAGCAUAUAAUCCACUUACGGUAACAACAUUACAACAACCAAGACCUUCUCCAUCACCUACAACGAUAUCUCCUUUACACAAUAAAAUGUUAAGUAACGGAUCAACGGCACUUGUGUCUCCACCACCUCAACAAUACUUGUCACCGCGUUCUCUGAACAAUGGAAAUAUUCCGUAUUUAUUUACAGAAUCAAAACCAUCGUCAAACUCUAUAUAUCAAAAUCUAGUUAAUAAUAAUUCGUUAUGGACAACAUCGACGAACGUCAAAGAACGGAAGAAAAAACGAAAACUAAAAGAUGAAGAACAUUCAACGUUAUUAACAAAUAAUAAUCAUAGUAAAAUGAAUCCAACAUUAUUUGGACCAACAUCACCUCUGAUGAGUACAACAUCUUCAAAUUCAUCAUCAUCUUGCUCUUCUACGUCAUCCUCAAGUCAUCCAGUAUCUAAUCCAUUAAAUUUAUCAUCUACACAAAUUAUAUCGCAGUCACAACCAAAACAGCAAAUAAAUUAUCCACCACCAUCUUCGCCAGCUUAUUCAGAUAUAUCAGAUGAAAACGAUAAUGAAAACACUGAUGAAAUGAAGAAAAAUAAUAGCAACACGUUAAAUAAUUCUAUAACCACAAAUUUAUUAACACAAACGUUACCAUCGAAAACAACACCAACAAUCAUCAAAGCAAUUGACGAAGAAAAUAUGAUUAAUAACACGUUAAAAC